AUGGAUUCAACUCAUGUGACAAUAUCCAUUUCACAUUUAGAGUCGCAGGUUGAACCAAAACCUCCAAGUAAAGAGGAAAAGAAGGAGCCAAAAGCACUUUCUUUUGUCCACAAUAUUGUUUCCCAUACGAGAGAGAAGAUCACAAGCAAUAAGCAAGACGUCAGAAAGCUGAUUCACAGCGCCAAAGUUGGAAUUGCUCUUGUUUUGGUGUCGCUUCUUUAUCUGCUUGAUCCUCUCUAUGAUCAAGUUGGAGACAACGCCAUGUGGGCUAUAAUGACUGUGGUGGUCAUCUUUGAGUUCUACGCAGGAGCUACACUUGGGAAGGGCUUAAACCGAGGAAUUGGCACUAUAUUAGGAGGAGGAUUAGGGUGUUUGGCUGCAUAUAUUGCUCAAGAAGUUGGUGGGACUGGCAACUCCAUAAUCAUUGCCAUCUCUGUAUUUAUCUUCGGUGCGGGCGCGACAUACACUAGAUUGGUGCCGAAAAUAAAGAAGAGACACGACUAUGGAUUGAUGAUAUUUAUCUUAACGUUCAAUCUGGUGGCCGUGUCUGGUUUGCGUGCGGAGAAGGUGUUGGAAAUAGCCCGAGAACGCCUCUCAACGAUAGGAAUGGGCUUCGCCGUUUGCGUGUUCAUUAGCUUGGUGGUCUUUCCCACAUGGGCUAGUGAUGAACUUCACGACUCUACUGCCUCCAAAUUCCAAGACCUUGCCGAAUCUCUUCAAGGAUGCAUGGAGGAUUACUUCAGAUUAGCAAACGAAAAGGAAAACGAGCCAAGCGCCAGCAGUUUCAGUAGUUGCAAAUCAGUGCUAAAUUCAAAAGCAAAGGAUGAGCUACUGGCUAACUUUGCAAAAUGGGAACCAUGGCAUGGGAAAUUUGGACUUUACUACCCUUGGGGAAAGUACUUGAAACUCGGAGAGCUCCUCAGAGAGCUAGCGGCCUCUCUUGUUUCCCUCAAACAUUGUCUUCAAUCCCCUCGACAGCCCUCAACAACCCUGAGGCAAUCAAUUAAAGAGCAAUGUGAGGAAGUGGGGUGUUCACUUGCAUGGAGCCUCAGGGAGCUUGGGGACAGCAUAAAGAAGAUGAGAAAAUGCCAGCAGGCAGAGCUAAUAGCCCCGAAAGUGAAGGCGAUGAGAGUAGAGCUGAGCUCCGCCGUGUCUGCGAAUUCCAAGCUAGGACAGACGGAGAACAUCGACGCGCUCGCAGUCGCAAGCUUUGUCUUCUUGUUGAUGGAGGUAGUGGAAAAGGUUCAAGUAUUGGCAAAGGAGGUUGAAGAACUUGGAGAACUUGCUGGUUUCCUUACUUCUGCUCACUAG